AUGCAAGGUCGGAGACUGGUUGCCUCCCAAGGAACUCCUGCCUUAGGAGAGCUACCAGAAGCUAGCUCUCUUUCUUCUCUACAGCAGGCCGUAGCUGUCUCUGUCGCAGCUUGUUCAGCCGAAGUAAUGGAAUCAUUUGAUAGUCAUUUGCAAGCUCUUGGGAGUCUCGAAGCAAUAAGCUCCAGCCCAGUGUUGUUUGCCUCCGUCGCCCUGGAGAAUGCACCAUUGCUUUUCGCGCUAAGCGGUGUUCAGUCACCGGAAUCUCUCCAGUCGGAGUACGAGAAACUGCGCCAAACCGGAUCAGCGCUUGGUUUAGCACUCGUCCGUGGAGCUUCAAAAAUGAUAGGCACCGCAUGCGGGAAAGAAGGACAUUUAGCAGCCCCCAGCAGUUCAUACUUGGCUUGCGUGUCCAACAGCCUUGAAAAUAUUGCUUGGAAAGCCCAAAGGGCGCUGCUCAAACAGCACCUGAAUGCCCUUGCAUACUUCGCAGAGAAGCCUGAUCUGUUGCCCGAAGGACCUGAUUUUUCAGAAGCUUUGAGAAAUUUUACCGCUUCAGCCACAAAGCUUGUGCAGACUUUACGUAAAGCAGCAGGAGUUUCUAACGGCGCCCUCGAUCUGAGAGUCGACAGAGGUCGUAUUUCUCUUCUUUUGGAUGACGCUUUACGGCAGUUUGGCCGCACACUACAAGACAACUUACUUCCCAUGGGGGUCACUUUCCUUGAAGACGGAGAGCUUUCCCUUUAUGGCCCCACCAUUUAUGAAAAGAUAGUUUCGUCCACCAGCGAGGCAUCUCGUCAAGCUCCAUCUUCAGGAGGCGGAGGCGAACUGAAGUCUUUCAUGAUCAUGCAGAGGCUGAGGGGCCACUUAAACGAAGUUAUUGGGAAUGAAUCGCUGCGACGCGCAUACACCAGCACCGCGAACAAAACAGGGCUUUCUUCCAGAGCAGUUGAAUCGACCUUCAUAAAAUCACAAGCGCGCCACAUCUUCAUAUUUAUCCAGUCACUUUUAGACAGUCGAUCAGAAGAUGUCACAACACGAUUCAGCACAGCCGAAGGGCUGCACUCUUUUAUCAUAGAAUUCUUGGCUGAAAAGGUGGCAAAAAAAGAGCCAGAAGAAGAAAAGUCCUCAUUCGGAGGAAACGUCUCGGGCGAAGUUGUUGCCUUGGCAAGUUCAGUAAACAAGGAAGUGCUAAGAAUAUUUGCAAAGCGCAUAAGUCUUAGCAGCUCUUUCCAGAAGGCAAAGCAAGCGGCGGGAAUGAAUGUGAGCACCUGGCUCAAAAGCGAAUUCGCUGAUUUUCGAAAAGAUAUACCACCGUCAUACGUCAUUGACAUCGCUUACGAGUGCCUAAAUCGGUGCACCAUCCCGAUGCUUGCUGAUACUCGGCUGCAGACCCAGUGCACGGAUUCUCAAGGGAGGCCACAGCCCCUUGGAAAAUGUGCCGAUCCGGCUGCCGAGUUCCAGCGAAUAAUUAGCAAGGAAAUGUGGGCAAAUUUCUUGGAAGACUGGAUGACACAGGGCAAAGCUCAUUCGGCUUGCAGGGAACUUCUGGUGCUCCAAGAAGAAGACGCGUCAGCUUGGCAGCGGCAGGUGUUUCUCAUGUACUCUCAUCUCGACUCAAUUGGCUGCGGAAAGGACCACCAUGGGUAUGACUCUUUUGGCCGAUACUCCAUUAAGCUGGAAAUGAUUCAAAAUUUGUUCGAAAUGUUCGCAAGUACGGCGAAGUUUCCGACCCUGGCGAACUUCAUUAACUGGCUUGUAAAACUUCGCGAGCCUCUUCCUCAAGAUCUGCAGACGCCCACAGCCUUAGCGCUUCAAUACGCCGGUGGCUAUCCACAGACUCAAGUGCGGGUAAGCAAGGCAUUUGCAAUGGCAGUGAAGGGAGACCCUUCUUAUUCUCAGUGCAAACCCGAAGACACCAAGAUUAUAUCGGAACUUUUAGGCUCUCUUGGGAGCGUCUUUUAUACCCUACAAGCUUUCGAUGAUUUCAUCAAAGAAAGACGCACCGGGAAAGAAAAUAUCACCCGGCAAGUGACCGCACCAGUUGGUAAGGCUAUUACACUACAACUCAUCUCCCCACUCAGUUCCUGCACUCUCCACUUCAGGCAAAUUUUCAAGGCCCGCUGUUUGUUUUGCUUUCUCCAAUGUAUAAUGGGAUGGGCGACUUCGUUUUGUUUUGCAGCUGCUGAUGCUAGGCCUGUUUUGAGCCAGCUCAUGCUUACAUUCACAGCGACUGGCCCUCGAGCGCCGGAUGCGGUGAUACGCUAUCCAGCGUACGUCCCGAGCAGUACUGCUGCUCUACUGUCCCAAUCUGGGGCAAAGGCAAUGCAAGUAUUUGUGUACAUACAGGAUGUCCUCGGCAAUGUUUCAGCCACACAGUUGACAAGUUCGGAUGAAACAGGCCACUUGCUAGACGCAGCGCUUGCUACCGAAGCCUGGACAGUAAAAUGUUUGGGAGCUUGCAACAGCUCUUGCACGUUGCGGUCGGAAGGAGAACAAGCAAUUUCAAUGUCCAUUUCGACAACAGCGGUUGCCCCUUACACUUUCCCCGCAACUGACGAUGAGAGUUUGGCGGCAGCGGUUUUCGGGUGGCUGCUGCCUUCUUUCCCCGCUUUGCGUUGCAAGGCUCCAACCAGAAAGGUGAUUCCAGUUGUACUGCCUAUCCCACCCCCUACGCUACCUCCAAUUCCUGAGCCAUCCAAGGAAGUUGAAGUUCCACCGAAGCCUGAACCUGAGGAAAAGCCGUUUCCUCCACCCCCUCCCACGGCUCCAGAAGAGAUCGUUUUGCCUCCACCUGAGGAGAAAGUCCCAGAGAUUCCAGAAGCCCCUGUAGUGCCAAUACCGCCUAAACAAAUAUCCAUAAAGAAAAAGAAACCAGAAAUCGACAUAAAGAAAAACGAAAAUAAAGAUGCAACUGAACCAGAGGAAAUGAUUACCAUGAUUCCUCCCAAAACGGAAGAAGCCCCGAAGCUGGAACCUAAGGAAGACGCAUGUCUGAAAGUUGUGCGCCUUUACAACAAGUACAUACAAGGGGCCGAAAUAAAAGAUGUCAAGACUCUGCACGAAGAGGCGAUGGCGGUGCCGCUCUAUCGGGAGACGCGGAAAGAACUUCAGAUUGACCAAAAGGAUAUUUCGAUGCAGCAGUUUCGUCUGGCUUUAUGCGUCACUUGCGCUAAACACAUACCCGCUCUGCAACUUGCAUCGGGAGAGGAGCAACAAAGGCUGGCUGCAUCUAUUGAAAUGAGCAAAGAUAUAUGCGCCUCUGUGUACAAGAAAACGUUAUGGGCGAAUGAGAUCGACGGCGGCGCCCCACUGGCCUCUGCAACACCGGCUUCACUUCUAACAAAGAGCGUGCAGCUGAACCUGCAGGCGGCAGCCAUAUCCCACCGGCUGCUUGGAGGUGCUCAGCCGUUGCUACAAGCAGCUGAGAAAGAAGCAACAGCUGUAGAGGUCUGCGCCGCAGGAGAGGUCUUGGGAAGGUCCUUGCAGAACGCUAAGUGCAUAAUUCUCCGUAGGAACCCAGAUAUAAGCUCCCCAUUCUUGCUGGCACUUGGCGGACUCUCAAGAGCAGCAGCUAAAAAGAUGCCGGCCGAACUGUCUUCGAUUUUUGGAGCCUCGGUAAAGGUUGCAGGUCGGCGGGUGUCCCCAACCUCGUUGGCUGGGGGGCUGAGGAAUUGGUUGUCUCAGGAUAUGGGGCUGGCAGCUUGGGCUAAGCAAGCUCACAAGAAGUUGAAAUCCGAUAGAUCUGUGGCGGCGUUGUGUGCUGCUCUGCGCUACGCCGAGUUCAUCCGACAAAUUAGUUCGCUGGGGACCACAUUCGACCGUAUGCUAUCGCAUUGGAACCUUUCGCUGCCUUCCAACGGCCUGUCGCUCGUCAACGCCCUGCGCUCAGCUUCUAACCCUAAGCAGAAGCUUACGCAGGAGCUCUGCGUGCUCACUCCACCAGGGCAAGAGGUGCAGCGCCUCGUGCAAAGGUUCGAUCCAGCCUACUGGGCUGCCCUGAUGUUGCAAACUGGCGAGCAAGGGGAAGCAGCGGCAGGAGCAGCAGCACCCGCAGCUGAAUCUGCAAGGAGCACGGAAGCUUGA